AUCAUAAUCGAGGAGAUGGAAACUCGUUGCGAGCUGGCAAUCCAAGGACCAGGCCAAUGGCAAGUUCAAUCAAUCCAGGUUCUGCGUCAGAGAUCAAUUAAUUAUCCUGGUGCCUUCAUAUGGUUAUACCGAAUCUUCGCGUGACAGAUAGAGUGGCCAAAUCCUCGACUCGUCCAGUAUGUAUGUACUCCGUAGUCAGGAUCAUCCAUGAUGGCCGCCAUGCGCAUUUCUGAAACACCCCAGACUCCAGAAUCCAGAUAACCUACUCUAGUGCAGAUCAUCAAUCAUCCUAGUCAAUUUCCUCUAGACGCGCUUAAUUCAAUCAUCUUCAUCUUUCUCAACCCCAGAAAAAUAAUCGGAUGAAAAACACAAUGCACCUCCUCAGCUCCCUCCUCCCCCUCCCCCUCCUAUUAUGCCUUCUAUCCCUUCUCAUCUCCCCCACCAACGCCAACACCGAAAAGACCAUCUUCAUCGCGCCCCAACCACUCCCGGUCCCCUCUCAGCAAGCGGCCAUCGAUGAUCUCGGUCUGGAACGCUUAUCGCCUGAAGCACCGGUGCUGCGCACGUAUCUGAACGCGUCGUUCCCGACGGAAGAGGCGCCGUUGGGGUCCGAGUCGUGGUUCUUUCUCGAGGAUCUCAACCCCGGUCAGAGGUAUGAGGUCAGGGUCUGUUGGUUGGCUACGCAACCAACCUCAUUCCACCUAACAACAUACACCCUCUCAUCCAUCCUCGAAGACGACCCGACUCUCCUCUCCUCCAUCACCGCCUUCAGCUCCUCUCGUCUCUCUUCCCUCGAAGCUAUCAAACCCUCCUCGCAGGACGACACUCUCGUCUCUUUCUCCGACCCCUCCCAUGCGCCCCCAUCCACCUCCUCCGCCUCACCCAAAGAAUCCGUUCUCUUUCUACGCAUCUACGCUGCGGCCGAUUACUUCACUCUCGAUGAGGGCCUGAUGCGUUCCCCCCCGCCCGUGCUGGUCGAUUUGAUCCUCGAUCCGUAUUUACUAAAUGUGUUUCCGAGAUCGUUGGUCCCGACGGCGGGGUGGGUGAUUGUUGUCGCGGGUGUGUCGUGGGUGGUGGGUGGGUUCGUGGUUAGGUUGGUGCAGGGGAUUGCGAGGGAGGCGGAGAAGAAUGAAGAAGAGGGGAAGAAGAGGCGGUGAUUGUUGUUUUCGUUUUAUUUUAUUUUAUUUCAUUUGUUAUUUUGCGUUACUUCUUAAGAUCAGGUGUCUGGGCUGUGAGAUUAUGUCUUCCUUGUUUCCUGGUUUCCCAUCAAGGUCAGGGUCAUUAUGUCCAAGUUGGAUUGUAUCAUUACCAUCACGGAGGAUGUCAGGUAGUGCUGAUUUCUGCAUACACGCGUGGUUGGUCGUGUGUCUUGUAUUAUAUAUUGUACGAGUCAGAGUAUUUGUGGUUUUAAUCGGAUAAUAGAGAUCACCGUUACUUUUAGAA